UUGCUUUAGGGUUUCAGUUUGCAUACACACCGGUAGUGUGCAAAUAAAUCAAACCCACUGAGUGUUUAUUUUCUCUUUCUCGUUAAAGUAUCAAGAAGAACAAUCGUCUACCGGCUCCUUCACACCAAAUAUAACUUUUUUUUUUGGAGCUGGGCGUUUUACCAAAGAAGCCAUUAUAACGUGAUUCAGUGGCGCAGGAUUAACCGUCCAAAGGAGCAGCUUCUUUCCCUGCAAAUUGCAAAGGGUUUGCAAGGGACAUCUGUUCCAAAGGCGCGCAAAGAUGCCCAUGGACUCUCACACACAGCGCGCGGCAAUCGCUUGUGCUGAUGAACCAGACUACAUCCAAGAGAAAGAGCCAGACAUUCCACUUAGUAGGAAACUGUGCUAUGCCAUUGGAGGCAUGCCCUAUAAAAUGACAAUUAAUGCCAAAAGUUUUUUCAUGCAGAUCUUCCUGCUGGAUAUUGUGCAGAUGACGCCUUUCUAUGUGUCUGUAAAUCUUUUCCUUUGUCAAGCCUGGGAUGCGAUUACAGACCCUUUAGUGGGCUACAUGGUCAGCAAGAGUGGACAAACUCGCUUAGGAAAGCUUAUUCCCUGGAUUGUGUACUCCAUGCCAAUGGGAGUGAUCUCUUACAUCAUGCAGUGGUACACCCCCCAAGAAAACAUGUCUCCUGCCUUCAGCUUUUGCUGGUAUUUAGGCUGGUGCUGUCUCUUUGACACAUUAAUGAGUUGUUACCAUGUGCCCUACACUUCUCUAAACAUGUUUUUGGGUGGUGACCAAAAAGACAGAGACUCUGCAACUGGCUACAGGAUGGGAAUGGAAAUGUUUGCAACAUUGGCAGGAGCCACCAUUCAGGGACAGAUUGUGGGGGUGUAUCAUGCUAAAAAAGCACACGCAUGCAGUGAGCUGAAUGAAAGCAAUGCAUUUAAUGGAAACUACUCAUCUGCACUGUACCAGAACUCUACCGCUCCUUUCACGAACACACUGCAGGAUACAAAAAGAGCUUAUUUGAUUGCUGCAUUGGUGUUAGGUGCGCUCUACUUCCUGUGCUGCUGUGUGCUGUUCCUGGGAGUGAAGGAGCAAUUGGCACCAUUGAGUAGGCUGGAUCGAAUACAAGUGUCAUACCUAACCAGUAUAAAAAUGAUUGUGAGACAUAAUCCAUAUGUGCGACUUGUGCUUGGAUUUCUCUUUUCUUCAGUCGCUUUUCAGAUGGGCCAAGGAAACUACGCUCUCUUCUGUACAUAUGUAGCUGGAAUGGGAGCUUACUUUCAGCACCUUGUACUUAUAUUACUGGCAGCAGCCACUUUGUCCAUUCCAUUAUGGCAGAUACUGUUGGUCCGGCUGGGCAAGAAGACCACCAUCUUCAUUGGACUAACAAUUUAUAUUCCUGUUCUCAUCAUAAUAUCUAUCAUAAAGACAAAUUUUCUCAUCUUUGUCAUCUUGUCCAUUUUGGCUGGUGCCAGUCUCGGAUCCCUUUAUUUACUGCCCUGGUCAAUGCUACCAGAUGUGGUGGAUGACUUUAAGGUGAAGAACCCAUCAUACACUGAUCUGGAGCCCAUGUUUUACGCUUGCUAUGUAUUUUUUAACAAGCUUGGUGGAGGUGUGUCACACGGUGUUUCUACACUUGCACUUCACUUUGCAGGGUACCAGCCAGGUGCUUGUAGGCAUGACUCAAGAGUGAUCACUACAUUGCACAUGCUGUUUGCCCCGGUGCCCAUCUGUCUGCUACUAGUUGGAAUGGCGUUCUUCUACUUUUACCCCAUAAAUGAACAGCGACGCUGGCAGAUCCAGGCUACGCUUCAACAAGCAGCUGCAGAAAACAGGGAAGAGACAUGAGAGGUGAUGCUUCUUAAAAGAAUUCAUCAGCUGGAUCUCGUCACUUUGUUAAUUUCGAAUGAUUUUUCUUUUUUCAUGUAGCUCUUGCAAUAGUAAUGGAUGUACUGUUUGACUGUAUAGGAUAUGUGCAGCUUUUCUAAAGUUUUAAAGAGAAAUAUAUGUGAAACUGUUUUGGUAAAGAUAAAUGACCUUUGUUAAGCAAUACAAUCUGUGCAGUUUUGUAAACAUUUGCUUGUGUGACUGUAAGUGUGUGUA